GAAAUAUGACGCUGCGCGCUUUCACUGAGGAUGCGCAGAAGUGAGAAGCGCGAGAGCUCCGGUGUAGUUUUGUUUUCUUCUCUUUUUUCCUUUUGUUGUUUCCUUUGACGCUAUUAUAAAUGUAACAGUCGAAAAUGUUAUGUUAAUGUUCACGUGAGAAGCGCGAGAGACGUUACGAGUGCUGAAACGUUAACAAUUUCAAGCUGAAAGUGUCGCUGUUAAUGAUCGUGAAUGAAGGACAAAUGUGGAAUAUUUUCUUCGAUGCCGUAAAUUUUUAGUCUGCAGAUCUGGUCCUGUGGGUGUCAGUAUCACACAGUGAUCACAGUUCACACCUGCAGUGAAGCUCCUCCCACAACAAUUCACCAAUAAAUACUGGGAAUAUUCACACCAUCCUACAAGAGAAGGACAAACUCCAGGUGUAGCAGCUGAAAACUGUGUGACUGUUAAAGAUGGAGUUUAUUAAAGAGGAGAUUGAAGACAUGAGUAUUUCAGAACCAAUCAGAGUAAAAGAUGAAGAGACUGAGGAACAAAUAGAUCUGGUCCUGUGGGCGUCAGUAUCACGCAGUGAUCACAGUUCACACCUGCAGUGAAGCUCCUCCCACAACAAUUCACCAAUAAAUACUGGGCACAUUCACAUCAUCCUUCAAGAGAAGGACAAACUCCAGGUGUAGCAGCUGAAAUCUGUAUGACUGUUAAAGAUGGAGUUUAUUAAAGAGGAGAUUGAAGACAUGAGUGAUCCAGAACCAUCCAGAAUAAAACAUGAAGAUACUGAGGAACAAAUAGACCAGAUGGAAGUGAAGGAGCAAAGACACAAACUAAAUGACGUAAAGAAACACUGUGACUCCAAAGCUCAAGGAACUAAAGCCCAAAAGCUGCACACCUGCUCACAGUGUGGAAAGAGUUUCCAAAAUAAAUCAAACCUUAACAAACACAAAAAAAUUCACACUGGAGAGAAACCGUAUACAUGCAAUCAGUGUGGUAAAGAUUUUAUUUUGCCGUCACAACUAAAGCAACACCUGAUAGUUCAUUCAGAUGAGAGACCUUAUGUGUGUUCUCUCUGUGGAAAGAGUUUUUCACGGCUGGACAGUUUUAAACAGCACCAGAAUAUACAUACAGGUGUGAAAGACCAUGUGUGUUGUGACUGUGGGAAGAGCUUUACUACAACUAGUCAUCUGAAACGGCACCGAAGGGUUCACACUGGAAAUAAACCGUAUACAUGCACUCAGUGUGGAAAGAGUUUUUCUCAAGCAUCAGGUCUCAGUGUUCAUCUGCUCCGUCACUCUGGAAAAAAAACAUUUAAAUGUGAUCAAUGUGACAAAGAUUUUAUUUUGUCAUCAGAUCUAAAAGAUCACCUGACAGUUCAUUCAGAUGAGAGGCCUUUUGUGUGUUCUCUCUGUGGAAAGAGUUUUCCACGGCUGAAGAGUUUUAAAGUGCACCAGAAAACACAUAAUAAAGUGAGAGAUCAUGUGUGUCGUGACUGUGGGAUGAGCUUUACUAGAGCUGACUGUCUGAAACGGCACCAAAGAACUCAUACUGGAGAAAAACCGUACAAGUGCUCAUAUUGUGACAAGAGGCUCACUCGGUUGGUACACCUGAAAGUACAUGAGCGAGUUCAUACUGGAGAGAAGCCGUACCACUGUACUCAGUGUGGAGAGAGUUUCAGAGAUGCAACAGGUUUAAAAGAUCAUCUUUUGAUUCACACUGAAGAAACAUUUAACUGUGAGUUUAUUAAAGAAGAGAUUGAAGACAUGAGUGAUCUAGAACCAUCCAGAAUAAAACAUGAAGAUACUGAGGAACAAACAGACCAGAUGGAAGUGAAGGAGCAAAGACACAAACUAAAUGAAGUAAAGAAACACUGUGACUUCAAACCUCAAGGAACAAAAGUCAAAAAGCUGCACACCUGCUCACAGUGUGGAAAGAGUUUCCAAGAUAAAUCAAACCUUAACAAACACACAAAAAUUCACACUGGAGAGAAACCGUAUACAUGCACUCAGUGUGGAAAGGGUUUCCAAGAUAAAAGAAACUUUAACAGACACAUGAGAGUUCACACUGGAGAAAAACCGUUUACAUGCACUCAGUGUGGAAAGAGUUUUUCUCAAGCAGCAGGUCUCAAUGUUCAUCUGCUCCGGCACUCUGGAGAAAAAACAUUUAAAUGUGAUCAAUGUGACAAAGAUUUUAUUUUGUCAUCACAUCUAAAAGAUCACAUGAAAGUUCAUUCAGACGAGAGGCCUUAUGUGUGCUCUCUUUGUGGAAAGAGGUUUCCACGACUGAAGAGUUUUAAAGUGCACCAGAAAACGCAUAGUAAAGUGAGAGAUCAUGUGUGUCGUGACUGUGGGAUGAGCUUUACUAGAACUGACUGUCUGAAACGGCACCAAAGAACUCAUACUGGAGAAAAACCGUACAAGUGCUCAUCUUGUGACAAGAGUUUUACCCGGUUGGUACACCUGAAAGUGCAUGAGCGACUUCAUACUGGAGAGAAGCUGCACCACUGUACUCAGUGUGGAGAGAGUUUCAGAGAUGCAACAGGUUUAAAAAAUCAUCUUUUAAUUCACACUGAAGAAAUGCCAUUUAACUGUGAGUUUAUUAAAGAAGAGAUUGAAGACAUGAGUGAUCCAGAACCUUCCAGAAUAAAACAUGAAGAUACUGAGGAACAAACAGACCAGAUGGAAGUGAAGGAACAAAGACACAAGCUAAAUGACGUAAAGAAACACUGUGACUUUAAAACUCAAGGAACAAAAGCCCAAAAGCUUCACACCUGCUCACAGUGUGGAAAGAGUUUCCAAAAUAAAUCAAACCUUAACAAACACAAAAAAAUUCACACUGGAGAGAAACCGUAUACAUGCACUCAGUGUGGUAAAGAUUUUAUUUUGCCAUCACAACUAAAACAACACCUGAUAGUUCAUUCAGAUGAGAGGCCUUAUGUGUGUUCUCUCUGUGGAAUGAGUUUUUCAAGGAUGGACAGUUUUAAACAGCACCAGAGUAUACAUACAGGUAUGAAAGAUCAUGUGUGUUGUGACUGUGGGAAGAGCUUUACUACAUCUAGUCAUCUAAAACGGCACCGAAGAGUUCACACUGGAGAAAAACCGUUUACAUGCACUCAGUGUGGAAAGAGUUUUUCUCAAGCAUCAGCUCUCAAUGUUCAUCUGCUCCGUCACUCUGGAAAAAAAACAUUUAAAUGUGAUCAAUGUGACAAAGAUUUUAUUUUGUCAUCAGAUCUGAAAGAUCACCUGACAGUUCAUUCAAAUGAGAAGCCUUUUGUGUGUUCUCUCUGUGGAAAGAGUUUUCCACGAUUGAAGAGUUUUAAACUGCAUCAGAAAACACAUAAUGAAGUGAAAGAGUAUGCUUGUCGUGACUGUGGGAUGAGCUUUAAUAGAGCUGACUGUCUGAAACGGCACCAAAGAACUCAUACUGGAGAAAAACCGUACAAGUGCUCAUAUUGUGACAAGAGGCUCACUCGGUUGGUACACCUGAAAGUACAUGAGCGAAUUCAUACUGGAGAGAAGCCGUACCACUGUACUCAGUGUGGAGAGAGUUUCAGAGACGCAACAGGUUUAAAAGAUCAUCUUUUUAUUCACACUGAAGAAAAGCCAUUUAACUGUGAUCAGUGAGGUAAAGAUUUUAAUUUGUCAUCACGUCUAAAACAACACCUGAAUGUUCAUUCAGAUGAGAGGCCUUGUGUGUGUGUGUUUUUCUGUGGACAGAGAUUUUCAUGUCUAAAGUUUUUUAAACUGCACCAGAAAACACAUGAUGAGGUGAAAGUUCAUGUAUGUUAGUGUGUUAGUGUGGCAAGACCUUUACUAUAACUGCCCAAAUGAAUUCAUACUAAAAAAAAAAAAACUUUCAAGCACUCAUAUUGCUUAUAUUUUCAAUGAAUUGUGAUAUGUAUUGUGAAAAGUGCUAUACAAAUAAAUGUAAAUUGAACUGAAUUUAA